AUGACAGAGGGCUUUCAGGCAACGAUACAGAACAAUGGGUUCCACAAAGCUCCUAUCCACUACUACAACUUCAUCGGAUCUGAGAUUCCUUCUAUAACUUCCAAUCCGCGAUUUUCCACUCGACAAUGGGCAUCGGUAGACGAAAACGAUAUGGCUCCAAGUUCCAGCAUAGAACCUGAACCUGAAAAGAAAAGAAAUACACCCUUUUACAAACUCCCAAAAGCUGCUUGCCGCGUAUAUGCUUCCUACGUCAAACGCUUGUGGGCGGAAACCGACGUUGCCGCCCGCGAAAGGGUUGCCGACGACAAGGUUCGAGGAUCUAUCCGUAACAUGCAAAACAUUCUGCUUCACGCCAAGGAAUAUGCCGAGUUUGAUGAUGCUACCUAUGAGUCCCAAAACAAGCUCUUGGUGGCCUGUGAAGAAAUGUUAGAAGCCCUUCCAAAACGAGAGACGGCAAAGGAGAAGAAGCAAGCGGACAAGGAAGUGACAACGGAACUCUCAAUUGCAAACGGUGAGACAUCAGAAGCGGUUGUACCGGAAAAGAAAAAGGGUCAGCGCUCCAUUCUAUUUGGAGCACUCAUGGGGUUGACGGUUGCAUUGUGGGUCUUUUCGGGUAGCUACAUUUUUACUGGAGUCUUUUGUUCCAUGACCAUCCUUGGUCAAUUGGAAUACUAUCGCAUGGUGAUGAAUACCGGGGUAUAUCCUGCUCGUCGGAUAUCUGUCAUUGGUGCCUCCAGUAUGUUUUUGACGGCUUUGUUUGCGCCGGAUUUGCAUCAAGUCUGUCUCCCAAUGUUUGGACUCUGGGCAAUGGUUUGGUUCUUGACUAGAAGACGGCAGUUUUCGACUAUUCCUGAGAUUGCCACUACCUUUACUGGAAUGUUCUAUCUUGGCUAUGUGCCCUCCUUUUGGGUUCGAAUUCGACUAUUGGGUGCCACCAUGGAGCCCACAAGAAUCUACAAGCUCAUGGCUCCUGUCCGAGCCUUUUUGAACAAGAAGUUCGAUAUCCUCAUCCCAAAAUCCUGGAUUCACGGCCCCAUUACUAGUGGAUCAGUCUUCAUAUUUUGGUCCUGGCUGAGCUUGGCGUUCAGUGACGUUGGAGCCUACUUUGUUGGGCGAAAAUUUGGCAAGACGAAGCUGGGUGAGAUUUCUCCAGCUGCAGGUGCUACUUCUCCCAACAAGUCCGUCGAGGGUGUCAUCGGAGGCUGCGUCGUGAGCGCCAUGUUAUCUGUUAUAGGUGCAUGGGUUCAAAAGUGGCCUUACUUUGUUUUGACAGGAGCUAUUCAUGGUGCUAUUCUAGGUCUGUUGGGAUUAAUCGGAGACUUGACAGCGUCCAUGCUGAAGCGAGAUGCUGGUCUGAAGGAUUUUGGGGACCUAAUACCAGAACACGGAGGAAUAUUAGAUCGGGUGGAUAGUUUUGUGUGGACUGCGCCAUAUAGCUGGCUAGUGUGCCAACACAUCAUUCCAUUCCUCAAGACGACAGUAUGA